UGGAAUGUGGGACAAAGGUGGUUUCUGUCAGUAAAUUACCGACAAAAUUGCAAUAGAUAGUUUGAUUACAAGAUAGAUAGAAUGAAAUACUUUAAAUAUCAAGCAUCCAGAAACGAUUAGCUUAUGGUGUGAAUUACUAUUGUAGUCAAUAAGUGAUAAAAAAAAUGUUUGAACGAAGCGUGUUUGACUUGCAAAUGUCGGAAACAACGGUCCCAGAUGACACUCAAUUGGGAUGCUGUAAGCGAGCUCUCCAGUUCGUCAAUGUGUACUGGAGAACGAUAUUCGUGCUGUUGGUUCCAACAGUGGCUUCCAUGUUGUUUCUAGUUGAAUCUUCACCGGCUUUCCGAUGUCUCUAUGUGGUGAUAGUGAUGGGUCUCUUUUGGGUAACGGAAGCCCUGCCGCUACCAAUCACAUCCAUGCUGCCCAUUGUACUAUUUCCGCUGAUGGGAAUUCUCAGUACAGGAGAAACCUGUAAGGUCUACAUGGAGGAGCCGGUGAUGAUGUUCAUCGGAGGAAUCGUUCUUGCACUGGCUAUUGAACAUUGUAAUCUUCAUAAGCGAGUCGCGUUGAAAGUGAUCAGCUUGAUUGGAUGUAGUCAGCGGAAACUGCACUUCGGAUUGAUGAUCGUCGCUAUGUUCUUGUCCAUGUGGAUUUCAAACACCGCUGCGGUUGCCAUGAUGUGCCCAAUUGUUCAAGCUGUACUGCAGGAGUUGGAAUCUCAAGGACUUUGUCAAAUGUACGAAAGUGAUGAGUCCAUCAAAGGUAAAACAUCGGAAAAUAAAGACGAGUAUGUACAAACAAUUUUAAUAUCUUCAAUUUUUAUAAAUCGGACGUUCUUUGACAGACAUAAAAAACCGUCUCAAACUACGAUUUGCUACUUAUUGGGAACAGCGUACGCAUCUAGUAUUGGCGGUUGUGGAACACUCAUUGGAACAGGAACCAAUCUCACCUUCAAAGGUGUCUACGAGAAUCGCUUUCCAGAAGCUAAUGGAAUCAACUUUCCUGAUUUUAUGUUCUUCAGUGUGCCGCUGAUGCUCCUCGAUGUGGUUCUAGUUUGGGCCUUUCUUCAGUGGCACUUCAUGGGAUUGUUUAGUAUUCAUAGUGAGGCUGCCAAACAAUCAGCCAUUGGUCGUGAAGGGGAAGCCGUGGCAAAGCGAGUCAUUGAAACUCGUUACCAAGAAAUGGGACCAAUGAAAUCCGAUGAAAUCAGCGUUGCUUUGUUGUUCAUACUGUCGAUAAUGUUGUUUUUCACUCGAAGCCCCGGAUUUAUCAGUGGUUGGUCGGAUAUUUUUCCUGAUGUGAAAAUUAAGGAUGCCACACCAGCGAUAAUGAUUGUUAUCGUUUUAUUUAUAGUUCCAUCUGAUUGGCGUUGGCUGGCGUAUUUCAAAACAAACUCAGGACCACUGCCCACGGAACCAUCUCCGGCACUCAUCACGUGGAAGUAUGUCAACCAGAAACUGCACUGGGGUCUCAUUUUCCUACUUGGAGGUGGUUUUGCACUAGCCGAGGCAGGUCAGGUUACCGGAAUGUCGGCACUGCUAGGAGAAUCGCUGUCUGGAUUACAAAGCCUCCCACCGUUAGCAACAUUAUUCGUUGUGUGCCUCGUGACUACAAUGAUUACUGAAUUCACCUCCAACGUUGCCGUUAGUAAUAUUAUACUACCGGUAUUGGCAGAAAUGGCCAUCGUAAUCAAAAUUCAUCCUCUGUAUCUGAUGCUUCCGGCGACGAUGUGUUGCAGUUACGCGUUCCACAUGCCCGUAGGAACACCAGGAAAUGCUAUUGUAGCCGGAGCAGGACACAUUCGCAUCAAGGAUAUGGCACUGGCUGGGAUUGGGCCAGCUUUGAUCACUUUGCUAGUGAUGUGGGUUGGACUUCCCACAUGGGGUGUCGUUGUGUAUCCUGAGAUCAAUACGUUCCCGGAUUGGGCAAUACAUGAGAUGGCAAAUGUGUCACUUCAUUGAAAUAUGUUAUCUUUAGUUAAGCAACUUCACUUGUGUUUAUAUCCAUGUGAUUUUUUUCGUAGAUAAUUUUCUUCAGUAUUAUAGAUGUAAUAUAAUGUAUAUACAUAUAUGUAAGGGAAGAGGUUCCGAUAUGGGCAUCGUUUUUUUUAUCAAAGGUAAUGCAGAUCCAUAUGCCGAACACUCAUUGCAUGGUAAUUUAUCUGAAAUAUUUCGUUAUCAUUGCAUAAAUGAACGAAUUUUCUCGACAGUCGUACCGACCAAGGAAAUUAUAAUUAUCCAAUAAUUGGAUGACGUUGAAAUUUACAUUUUAGUGUUUUUAAGGUGGUAUUCGAAACUUGAAAACCAUUCAGAUUUAAAGAAAAGGAGUAAUUUAACUAUUUCAAUAGCAAUGAGGCACUAGAAACCUUGAUCAAUCCACCUAGCAGUAAUUAUGCCUUUCUCAUACAUUAGGAAUAUAAUGAAACAUAUCACAUAGGAGAGGUCAAAGGUAG